AUGAGACGGGCUUCUGGUUUGCCCCUUUUUGGGGGGCAACUUCGGGCGUUAGCUUGGAAGACGCUUCUCGUCGCCGUCAUCAGACAUCCGAUCUCCUUCAUCAUCAAAGCUUACCUACUUCCGAUAGUCAUCGUGGCCGUUCUACUCAACAUACCAAAAUUUGCGACCAACAGUAACGUCAAUGGUGUAGGAUCGCCGAUCCCACUGCCCAGUCUUGCCGAAACCAUCACCAAGAAACCCCUAUACAUCGUAAAGACUCCGCACCUAGGGCCCGAUGUGGACGAGGUCAUCACCAAAAUCAUACAACCCCUACGGCCAGAGACUGUACGAUAUCUAGACGACGAACGAGAUCUAUUGGCCGAAUGUCUCGCCAACCUUCGGGGCAUCAGCAGCUGCCACGCUUCCAUCACCUUCACAGACUCGCCGCAGACGACCUCUUUCGACACUAUUGACAGUGACCAUCACUGGAACUACACCAUUCGAGCGGACCCGGCAAGGCAAGGAGUUCCAUACAAUGUGCUUGAGCAUAACGGCGACCUUGAGAGGCUCCUCCUGCCUCUGCAGGUUGCCGUGGAGAACGCCAUGACGAACUCAACUACCAACCCCGCCACCUUGCUCUUCACGAGUAAGACUCAGAAGGAGUGGGACGAAACCAUACGGUCAAGUUCACAAGAGCUCAUCGCCAACAUGUACGGCUUUGCCUUCUUUCUUGGCUUCAUUCAGCAGCUUUUCCAUCUCACCAGGUUGAUAACUCAAGAGCGCGAGGCAGGCAUGUCACAACUCGUCGAUUCCAUGGGCGGCAACUCUACGGCUCGCGUGUUGUCGUAUCUUGCAGUCUUCAACGUUAUCUACUUUCCCUUGUGGGUUGUUCUUGGCGCCUUACACUGGAACUCCCUCUGGCCAAAGAGCAACCCAUCUAUCCCCAUCAUUUGGCAAGUCCUCCUCGGUCUAGCUGUAAACAGUUCAACCGUCUUUGCGGCAUCUUUCUUCCGCAAAGCCCGUACCGCGCCUGUCUACGUCUCUGGUGCCUUUCUGAUUCUGUCCAUCGGCGCUUUGUUGACUGGGCUCGAAGAGGUCUCAACUGCGACAGUUGCAGCCAUGUCACUCUUCUUCCCGAGUUCCAAUCACUUCUUCUUCGUUCAGUUCAUGUCAUACUGGGAAUACAACCUGCAACCGGCAAUAUUGGGUGACAUACCUCCCCCAGCAUUCUCGGCGCAAAGGAAACUUCUUGUUACUGGAAGCACGCUUUUGUCGUUCUUGGUCGUGGCUAUUGUGGGCUACCCUCCGCUGGCCAUAUUGACAGAAAAGAUCAUGUAUGGUACUGUAUUUAAGAGUCGAACGUUUAAUGGGGAAAGCCGAAGCGCAGACUCAAUUGCGGUUGAAGCCAUAGAUCUCCGGAAAACCUUCAAGCCUUCUCUCGCUGGAAGGAUAUUUUGCUGCGGGAGGCAGAAACCUGUGAGUGCCGUCGACGGCGUCAGUCUUCGGGGGCAUAGAGGUCAAAUUCUCUGUCUUGUCGGUCAGAAUGGUUCCGGAAAAACGACUACUUUGAAGAUGAUGGCAGGUCUUCUGACGCCGACCGAUGGCACAGUCGCCAUCAGCGCAGCCCCAUCACAGCUAGGCAUCUGUCCUCAGAGAAACACUUUUUGGCCUGAACUAACAGUAGAAGAGCAUAUGUGUAUCUGGAAUCUGAUCAAAGGUGACAAGGACAACCUCGAAAGUAUGAAGCGGCUCAUCGCUGGCUGCGAUCUGUCCCACAAGACAAAAAGCCCUGCCAGCACUCUCAGUGGCGGACAAAUGAGAAAACUCCAGUUGGCUUGCAUGUUUGUCGGAGGCUCUUCGGUCUGCCUGAUCGACGAAUGUACUUCAGGAUUGGAUCCCCUUUCCAGGAGAGUAAUUUGGGAAAUUCUUCUGGAGCAGCGAAGUCGGCGAAGCAUCAUCUUGACAACGCAUUUCUUGGACGAGGUUGAGGUUCUUGCCGACCAUAUGGUGAUCCUGUCCAACGGCAAAGUCAAGUGUCAAGGCCCAAUUACGGCUUUGAAACAACUUCACGGCGGGGGAUACAAGGUUUCUGUGUCAUAUAAGGGAGGUCCGGUCUACCGACAAUACCCACACACCAUCCAUCAAGACCAACUUGUAUACAAAACUCCCGACUCUGCCUCUGCUGGCCGACUGGCUACAAAGCUGGCCGCCAACGGUGUUCCCGAUGUCUCUAUCGUAGGCCCACAGGUUGAGGACGUUUUUCUGCGCGUAACAGACGACCUAGCAUUGGUCACCAACACCGACUUGAUGUCCCCUAGUACGAACUUCGGUUUAGGGCUUGGGAAAACGACAUCCUUCUGGUCGCAGGUGAAGACUCUUCUCUGGAAGAGAAUCAUCGUGUUGAAAAGGUUUUGGUGGCCCUACAUAUACGUCCUGGGCCUCCCCAUCGUUGUCACCCCGUCCUUCUCCGAUAUGUUGAAGGGGUACAUAGCUCCGCUAUGUGAAGAUAUCCAGCCGACUUUGUACUCUGCACACGAGUUUUACGUAUCCUACGGGGGAGGCUAUAUGGUUGAAGGCGAGAUGCGCACUCAUCCCGGAUUGCUUCUCGGUGGACCUCCGUGGAUGAACGAAUCGUUGUACAGCCUGAUGAACAAGAACGGCUCAAUGGCCAGGUACUUCAACAUGUCUCAAUAUGCCGAAUGGGUCCGGCCUGUCGAGACCCUGGACGGGUUCACAAAUUACUUGAAAGAAAAUAAGGGGGAAGUACUACCGGGAGGCAUCUUCAUGGAAUCCAAAACGAGCAACCCGGUGAUUGCCUCGUUCGCUGAAUUUGGAGUCGUCGACGGCAUGACACUAUUCAACCUUUACAGCCAGAUUCGCAGCGACUCUCAGAUCACCGCGUCGUAUGGCCCCAUGGGUGAGACGCCUGCACGAUCAGCUAACUCCGGCAUGUUUUACGCAAUUUUUUUUUGCUUAAUGCAAGCGGUAUAUCCCGCAGCAUUCGCCUUGUAUCCCUCCGUUGAGAAGAGCCGAAAAGUGCGCUCGGUUGGAUACGCCAACGGAGUACGAAGAGCGCCUCUAUGGGUUGCGUACGCCUUGUUCGACUUUUUCUUCGUGGCUAUCAUCUCCAUCGCCAUCACCAGCCACCUCGGGACGAACAUGCCUCUUUGGACUGGUGGUGCAUGGGUGAUGCUGCCCAUUCUGGCCCUCUAUGGCCUAACGGGCAUUCUUUUCAGCUACAUCAUGUCUGUUCUGUGCAAGACCGGCCCGGGGGCGUUCCUUGCCAUAUCUUCUUCAAACGUGAUCAUGUUCACCAUCGUCGUCGUUGCGUUUGCAGCGCCGAACGCCUUUGUCGACGUCGCAGAAGUAGACGACGCAAUGAAAGCGACAACGUUUGCAUUGAACAUCUUCUUCCCUAUUGGCAACGUCUUCAAAUCAGUCGCCUUCGGGCUCAACGUUAUGGAAAUUAGUUGCGGAGGAGAUGCCAUCAUACCAGCUUCGUCAAUCCAUGCGUACGGUGGACCGGUUCUGUACCUGAUUGUUCAGGUUGCCACGCUGCUUGGUAUUCUCAUAUGGCUGGAAGGAUACCACCCCUCCUGCAAGGCUGGAGCGGUCAAGCAUAGCCCCAUGGAAGAAGACUCGGAGAAGUUGCCAAGCUACUCGAGUGACGACGUCAAGGUGGAGAAACUCCGAGUUGAAGAGACCACGGAAGAUCCUUUACGAACCCUGCACCUCACAAAGUCCUUUGAUCGGACUCUUGCCGUCGACGAUAUCUCCCUGGGUAUUGGCAAAAGUGAGGUGUUGGCAAUCAUCGGGCCCAAUGGUGCGGGAAAAUCGACACUGAUCAACUUGAUCCGAGGAGAUUUGAUACCGGACCAUGGCAAUGGAUAUCUCUGCGGACAUGAUGCCAACAGUGACUCUGCCCAGAAACAUCUUGGGGUCUGUGCCCAAUACGAUGCACUGGACUUGAUGAGCACCGAAGAGCAUCUGGACUUUUUCGCAAGGAUCAAGGGCGUCGAUGAUGUCCAGCAGAACGUCGACACAGUCAUGGCAAAGCUGGGCUUGACACAGUAUGCUACCCGAUCAGCCUCCAAGCUGUCUGGUGGCAACAAGCGCACACCUCCUGUCCUUGUCUUGGAUGAGCCGACGUCGGCCAUGGAUGCGGUGGCUAAGCGUGCAUUCUGGAAGAUCAUCCAGCAAAUUUCGCCGAAUCGUUCUGUCCUGCUCACUACGCACAGUAUGGAGGAGGCAGACACCCUCGCCCAUAGAGCUGCCGUCUUGUCGCGGCGGGUCCUCGCCAUCGGCACCACCAGGGCCCUGCGGCAGAGAUAUAGCAACUUAUACUACGUCCGAAUUCUCCUCAAGACAGCCCCACUGUCCACAUCCGAGGAGAUGGCCUCCAUUAGGGCAUGGGUGGAAGAUAGGGUACCUGGGACGACUAUGGAGCGAGAAGCACUUGGUGGCCAGAUUAGCUUCACUGUCCCGGGAUCUAGAAACCAGGACAUGGAGAAGACGGUGAAUGGACAGAACGCAACGAAAAGUGACAUUGGCACAAUUUUCGAUCUAAUUAGGUUGUUGGAAGAGUCGAAGAAGAACCGCGGUAUCGAGUACUACUCGAUUGGGGGAGCCACUUUGGAAAGGGUAUUCCUUAAUGUGGUGAAGGAGAACGGCAUCACCGCCGAUGAAGAUCAGAAAAUAAGGAAAAGGUGGUGGGGAUUCUGA